AUGGCUUUGGUGAGAAGUCUCUUCAGUGCAAAAAAGAUUCUUAGCAGAGCAACCUCGGCAGCGCCAAAAGGGUUUCUUGCGGUGUACGUAGGAGAAAGCCAGAAGAAGAGAUAUGUGGUGCCAAUCUCAUACCUGAGCCAGCCUUCGUUUCAAGCUCUACUAAGUAAAUCUGAGGAAGAGUUUGGGUUCAAUCAUCCAAUGGGCGGCUUAACAAUCCCUUGUCCUGAAGAUACUUUCAUCAAUGUGACUUCUCGGCUUCAAUGAUGAUUGAUGUUUGUCUACCAUUUUUGUUCUUUGAAUUAGAAGUAGACUUAUUCAUUGUACAUAUAUGAAUCUUUCCCGAUAAUGUAACAGAUUGUGUUCCUUUGUCAUUUAAUCGAUACGAUCAUGGCAAUA